UGUGGUUUAAUAUCCAGCCAUACGCUGCACCUGUGAGAAUGAGUUUUGACGUCUCUAAGCCAAAUCUCUGGAAAGCGUUUUUCUCGCGAUCGUUCCCUGAUCCCGGCCUCUCUAGUGUGCAGCCGGAGGGCCUGGUGUACAGACACACGGACAGAGCAGCUGCUGUUGAGUUACAAGACAGGAUAGAGAAGGUUUUGAGGGAGAGGAUCAUGGAAUGGCGUCCGCGUCACCCCACGCGCUGGAACCGCUACUGCAUCUCUACGUUGCGUCAGUUCCUGCCAAAAUUAGAGCUGAGCGGAGGGCGAGAGGUGGCUGAGGAACAUCGCCUCGAGCUGCAAAGCCUUCUGGGAGAAUACAGG